GUCGCUAACAUGCGCUUUCUGUUCGUUUCGCCCCACCAGACUUGGAGCCUCCGGCUCUUGCCCGCCCAAACUUUUAAACUUGCGUGUUUAUUUGUUUGUUUGUUCAGACUAAUAGGCCGAAUUCAUAAAGCCCAUUUCGGGUUAAAGCCCAAACUCAGCGAUGAUAUCGAAAGAUUUGAUUUUUUUUUUUUUUUUUUUCUUGUUUGGGCAGAGAGAAAAUACGAGGGAAAAUCAAGGGGAAAUGGGAAAAAAAAUGUUUCAAUCGGCUGCAAGCGCACCCAUUUCGCUAUGUUUCACAGAAACAUUAAUGGAGGAGUAAACAAGGCGAAGACGAAGGUUGUUUUUCUCCAUCUUUGCUCACCAAAACGCAGCUUGUCGCUCUCAUCUCGCGAUUUCACUACCCAAUCGGAACCCCAAUCUUGCUCCGCCCUAGAUGCCACCGCUGUGGAUAUCGCCAAUCUUGUCCUAGAAUCUGCCCCAAAAAGCUUGAGGGGAAUCCUCCAUGGAUCACAAGUUCAAUUUACGCCUGAACUUGUGAACAAGGUUCUCAAGCGCCUAUGGUUCCAUGGACCGAAAGCGCUGCAAUUCUUCAAACAACUCGAGUACCAUCCAUCUUAUGCCCAUUCCUCGUCUUCCUUCGACCAUGCCAUCGACAUUGCAGGCCGUAUGCGCGACUACAAGUCUGUGUGGGCUCUAGUGGCUCGAAUGCGAGCUCGGCGGAUUGGACCCAGUUCGAAAACCUUCGCAAUUAUUGCUGAGAGGUUCGUAGGCGCUGGAAAACCAGACAGAGCGAUCAAGGUUUUCUUGUCCAUGCGGGAGCAUGGCUGUCGUCAGGAUCUGCAUUCAUUUAACACCAUUCUUGAUAUCCUCUGUAAGUCAAAACGUGUAGAAAUGGCUUACAACCAUCUAUUUAAGGUUUUGAGAGGAAAAUUUAAGGCUGAUGUUGUUAGCUAUAACAUAAUUGCAAAUGGGUGGUGCUUGAUUAAGCGUACUCCGAAAGCACUGGAGAUUUUGAAGGAGAUGGUGGAUAGAGGUUUGACUCCAACUAUUACUACUUACAAUAUAGUUUUAAAAGGGUAUUUUAGAGCUGGUCAGAUUAAUGAAGCUUGGCUGUUCUUUUUGCAAAUGAAAGAGAGGGAAGUUGAAAUUGAUGUUGUUACUUACACUACUAUGGUUCAUGGGUUUGGUGUUGUUGGUGAAAUUAAAAGGGCCCGAAAGGUUUUUGAUGAGAUGGUUGGUGAAGGUGUUCUUCCUUCAACAGCAACUUACAAUGCUAUGAUACAGGUUUUGUGUAAGAAAGAUAGCGUGGAGAAUGCAGUAAUGUUGUUUGAGGAUAUGAUGAACAGGGGUUAUGUGCCAAAUUUGACCACAUAUAAUGUGCUUAUAAGAGGAUUGUGUCAUGCAGGCAAUAUGGAUAAGGCUAUGGAGUUCAUGGAGAGAAUGAAAACUGAUGGGUGUGAGCCAAAUGUUCAGACAUAUAAUGUUGUCAUUCGGUACUUUUGUGAUGCUGGUGACAUAGAAAAGGGGUUGAGUGUGUUUGAGAAGAUGGGCCACAUAGGUUGUUUACCAAAUUUGGAUACUUAUAAUGUUAUGAUUAGUGCAAUGUUUGUGAGGAAAGAGUCUAAAGAUCUAGUGGUUGCUGGGAAGCUGUUGGUUGAGAUGAUCGAUAAAGGAUUCCUCCCUCGAAAGUUCACUUUUAAUCGAGUCCUAAACGGGCUUUUGCUAACAGGUAAUCAAGCGUUUGCCAAUGAGAUAUUGAGAUUGCAGAGCCAAUGUGGUCGCCUUCCUCGUAAAUUUAAGUUAUGAAGCCAUUGUCGCUACGAAUGAUGCGAGUUUCAGUGCAAUGAAGGGCAAGUUAGUGUAUGUGGAGCUGUGGUUAGGAGAUGGAAUGGAGUUGAUACCUUGAAGUCUUCCAUUCGUAAACAAUGCAGUUAUAAGUGGACACUGAGUUCAUUUGUUUCAAGUUGGCUCGGUUGGUGGU